AAUAAAUUCCGGUAGCCGUUAACUUUCCUUUUUAUUUCUCUCAUAUAUUCCCGGCGAAGACAAAAGAAAGCCUGAAAUUUAUUUUUUAAAAAUUAUUGGGUCAAUUGGAGAUCUGGGGAAAUUGAACCAGAUCCUUUUGGCAAAACAGUUUCCGGUUGAUCCAAGUACCAAACCAAAAACCCUUUUUACAUAACAUAAGCUUCUAUUCUGUAAAUAUAUACAGAAGAAGGAAGAGGAUGAAUAUAUUCAGGUUAGCUGGGGACAUGACCCAUUUGGCUAGUGUUCUUGUUUUGCUUCUGAAGAUCCAUACCAUCAAAUCUUGUGCUGGUGUUUCUUUAAAGACUCAGGAACUGUACGCCCUCGUAUUUGCAACUCGCUACUUGGAUAUAUUCACCAGUUUCAUAUCAUUUUAUAAUACUAUGAUGAAGUUGAUAUUCCUUGGAAGCUCUUUAUCUAUUGUUUGGUACAUACGAAGGCACAAGCUGGUUCGUAGAUCUUAUGAUAAGGAGCAAGACACAUUUCGCCAUUUUUUUCUUGUGGCGCCCUGCCUAAUUUUUGCCCUUCUUAUACAUGAAAGGUUUACCUUCAAAGAGGUAAUGUGGACAUUCUCCUUGUAUCUGGAAGCUGUUGCUAUACUUCCUCAGCUUGUAUUGUUGCAGAGAACAAGAAAUAUCGACAACUUGACUGGACAAUAUGUCUUUCUCCUGGGGGCAUAUAGAGCAUUGUACAUAUUAAAUUGGGUAUAUCGCUACUUUACGGAGCCACACUAUGUGCAUUGGAUAACAUGGAUAUCAGGACUCGUUCAGACUUUGCUGUAUGCUGAUUUCUUCUACUAUUACUUCCAAAGCUGGAAGAACAAUGUAAAGCUCCACUUACCGGCUUGAGUCUGGAAGUUAGGCGAAUCCGUGCGUUUCUGGGUUUGCUUUGAUAUGAUUAGUUAAGCUACAAAAGUUUUUCCAUUUUCUCAAGUGGGGUUUCCAACCCAAAUACAGCAUACAUGUAAGCAAUCUGAUGAAUUUAAACCAAUUUGAUUAAAACUGUUGCCUUCAGAAAUUGCAGUGUGUAUUAAUAGAAUGAAAUUAGUGUGAGAAGUACACCCAAUGAUAUCAAUCUAUUAAAAAUAUUUUUGUGUUCUAA